GUCAACUUUUUUGUCCCUCACAUCCCAAACAAACGAACAUGGCGGACUACGAAGAGCGGCGUAGCCUGCUGGGAGAGGAGGACGAGGGUCUGUCCGGCGGCAGACCCGCGGCCAGCGGACCCGGCAGACCGCUGCCGCCUAUCUGCGACCCGAGCCACUUCCUGCACCGAGUGGUCGUCCUGGUGUUUAUGUGCUUCCUGGGAUUCGGAAGCUACUUCUGUUAUGACAACCCGGCUGCACUUCAGACAGAAUUCAUCCAGGACCUGGACCUGAACACUGCGAAGUUCAUGCAGCUGUACGCCUGGUACUCCUGGCCCAAUGUGGUUCUCUGCUUCUUUGGGGGAUUCCUUAUAGACCGGGUGUUUGGCAUCAGGCUGGGAACUAUUAUCUUUUCCCUCUUUGUCUGUGUCGGGCAGGUAAUAUUUGCCACCGGAGCUUUGAUGAAUCAUUUCUGGCUGUGUGAAGUUGGACGGUUUGUGUUUGGUAUCGGAGGAGAGUCCUUGGCUGUGGCUCAGAACACGUAUGCAGUCAACUGGUUCAAAGGAAAGGAGCUAAAUCUGGUGUUUGGCCUUCAGCUGAGCAUGGCUCGACUGGGCAGCACAGUGAACAUGAACAUCAUGGGCUGGGUGUACGGCAAAGUGGCAGACAGCGUCGGCUCUCCUGGACACACUACACUCGGUGCAUCGCUCAUGAUAGCUGCUGUAACCUGCCUGUUUUCACUGGUCUGUGCCUUGGUGUUGGGGUUCCUUGACAAAAGAGCUGAGAAAAUCCUCCACAAAGAAGAAGGAAAAACAGGUGAAGUGAUCAAGCUGACAGACGUUAAAGACUUCCCCUUCACUCUGUGGCUCAUCUUCUUCAUUUGUGUGGGAUACUACGUCGCCGUUUUCCCCUUUAUUGGACUGGGACAGGUGUUCUUCAUCGAAAAGUACAACUUCUCCCCAGCUGAAGCCAGAGCUGUCAACAGCAUCGUCUACAUCAUCUCAGCCCCUGCAUCUCCAGUUCUGGGCUUUAUGGUUGAUAAGACAGGGAGGAAUGUGGUUUGGGUGAUAAUAGCCGUGGUCACCACCCUCAUCGCUCACAUGAUGCUGGCCUUCACCUUCUGGAACCCAUGGAUCGCCAUGUCCCUGCUGGGUGUCUCCUACUCCUUACUGGCCUGUGCACUGUGGCCCAUGGUGGCCUUUGUGGUACCGGAGCAUCAGCUGGGGACGGCCUACGGCUUCAUGCAGUCAAUCCAGAACCUGGGACUUGCUCUCAUCGCCAUGGCAGCAGGAGCCAUCCUGGACGUCAGAGGAUACCUGUUUUUGGAAGUGUUUUUCUCCACCUGCAUCUGCUUUGCACUGAUGGCGGUAGUGACGCUGUACUUUGUGGAUUAUCUCAAAGGAGGAGAUUUGAACCGGUCUGCCUCAGCCAGAGCCAAACUCCAGAAAGAAGCCACUUCAGACGCAGAAUGAUGAUGAUAAUGAUGAAGAAGGAACACACAUGGUCCUGGGCUUCGGAGCCAGCAGGCUGCACUGUCCACCUCAGAGCUGUCAAUCAACUGCCAUGGGGCGGGACUGCGCUACUGACUCCGCCCAGUGCUGUCAUCUGUGGCUCUUCCCACCAGAACUGACUGUCUGGACCCACUAUUGACAUGACCAACCCUAUGCUGAUAGCUUACUAUGUCCCUUUCUGGACACAUGACAUGUCUCAGACUUGACACACUGACUUCAUCUCCUCCAAUAUCCACUCUCUACUGGCUCCUGUGUGUGCGUGUGUGUGUGCGCGCGUGUGUGUGUCAGACUUGGGCAUCAACUUUUGUGAGUUACUGCGGAUCGUUUGGAUGCUUGGAGGGUGUUUUAAUCAUUUUAAAUGUUGAGCAGAAGAUGAGACUCUUAUCCUGUCAACAGGUGCCUAUAGCUUUGAUAAAUAGCGCUUGAUUUUAUGACAUGCUGUUGGAACUCAAGAUAUAGGAGUCCGAUAUUAAUUUACUUGUUUUAUAUGUAUAUAGGAGUAACUUUGUGGACGUUUUUAUGUUUCUUUUUACAAAUUGUUUUCAGCAGGACUCUUUUACUCGCCUUAUCGCGGACCACUCAGCAGUUCAUUUAAGCACAUAUCGUCUGUCAGCAUUCACAAUAAUUGCCGACCAAAAUCUUCCUUAGGUAGAGCGAGUUCAUGCUCCAUUUUAAUUUUAUGCGUCAUUGACCUUUUAUGGUGGAUAAUCUCAAAAAGAGCAUAGCUCUUUAUUGUUAAAUCAUUAUCGGUCAAUUCUUUUAUUUCUUAAUUAUUUUUAUCCGCUCCUCACCGGGUUUGGAAGUUCAUAAAAAUUAACUUUCUGUUGGAUAAUCAAACGGUACAUUACUAUAAAGAUAUGAAAGAUGAGAAAAAGAGAGUGGCACACUUCUUUACACGUGUAAAGAUAUUCACAAUUUCAACUUUUCAACUCAGUUUUAUUAAUGUGACCUUUUAAAGAAUCGGUGUCAUGUUUAAAAUGUGUUUUCUAGACUGUUUUGCUCAUUUAUCAAACUCAGGUAAUUAGCUCGUGAUGAGCACUGCCCCAAAUGGUCGCUUGCUUCAUGUGAACGGUGAGGCGAAGUAUUCAUGCACUUAAUUUAACCCGCACCAUUCCGCUCAUGUGGAAGGAGAUUUGUCUCCCUGUGCUGUUAUUGGGGUGGCAGACUGUGGAUGAUAAACAUUCACUACCUCAGUUGGGCAAAUCACUCAUCCAAACAUUAAGAGUAACUUGACACUCGCUGGAAAUUUUUUUUUGUCCUCCUGCGGGUUAAACUCUUACCUGGCUGUACACCGUGACAUCACCAGUGUUGUAAUUAGUACCUCAAAAUUUGUUGUGCCUGAGUAAAAGUCUGAUAUUGAAUGAACUUAAGUAUCAACAGUACUGCUUAAAGUAAAUUCUACAUAUAUUUACAUUAAUAGAUAUAUAAAAUAUGAUUAUCAGAUUCUGUAUUCAGCAUUUCUCUAAUUAUUGGAAUUGGUGAAUCAUUUGGCUCUGAUGCAGCAUGUUAUCUGAAAGGUAACUUGUAAUCUAAACUUUGAAAUAUCUUAAGUACAAUAAGAUUGCCUCCAAAAUGUAAUGGAGUGAAAGUCUAAAGUAUUAUAAGUACAAAAAUACUCAGUAAAAGUACCUCAAAACUGUACUUACAGGUGCAAUAUGUUUUUAAUUCAUACUCCAAAGAAAUGGGGUCAGCACAUUAUGAGAACAACUGCUGACUGCUGCUAACUGUGGCUGCAGUUAGCUCUGCAGCUAGCAUUAUGGUAUUGGUACUGGUAUUCUAACAUACUGCCCCUGUAACUACUCGAGUAAAUGUACUUUGUGUUGUUCGAUCACUGAACAUCACUGUUUUGUAAUUUUCCAGCCUGGUGUUAAGCUACUCUUAAAAAAAAAUAAAUAAAUAAAAUUAAAAAAAGCCCAACACACGUAAGAAAACAGUCAAUAGUGUUGUAGUCGCACAUAAAAAGGACCACUGUGUCACACUGACAGACAUGCCGCGCUCCUCACACGUCACCCAUUCACACUGCGGUGUUGUGGCGGCAGUGCGGUCUCUGCUUAAAGGGCAGCUCCACUAAUUUUACACAUUAAAGUGUGUUUACAGGUCAUGGGGAGUGCUACUGCUUUUGUGAUGCAGGAAAGCAUGCAUGUAAUCUGACAAAACGUGCCACUCAGUUACAUUGUGGGUAAUGUGGGCAGCAGGUUUUGAAAAAAUAAGAAUGCGUGGAAUACAGAAGUGUGAAAUGUUGCUGAGCUUUUGAACAAAAAAAGAGAUGACUGAGAAAUUACUGAAGAUCCAAUGUGCAAUCAGAGAAAGUGGGAGUAGGAGGAAAGGCAUUUUUGAAUAAUCUCUUCUUGUUGAACCAAAUCACGUUUGAUACCAGUUUGUUAACGGGACUAUUACAUUUAAUUAAACACACAUUUUUGAAAGCAA